ACUAUCUUUAUGCUGGUUUGGACGAUAAGCAUAAUCAUUUGGAAUAUUUCUAUUUAUUCCCUUUUUAUUCCUUCAUCAACAACUUUUUUCUACAGUACUUUGUCGUCUUUUGUAAAGUUUUAAAGAGUUUUGAUUUUGUUGAAUUCUUAUUUUUCUCAGUGUGAAACUUUUUAAAAAGUAGAAUGUUUUUUAUUCUUUGCAAUGUUGGUUUAUUGUGCAACUACUCUUGAAACUACUACAGUCUUAAGUACUUUUCAGAAAAUUUGAAUAGUUCUGGGACCGUUUAAUUCCUAUUUUUCAGUCUGGAAUAAGCGUUUCCAUCAUUUCAUAUUACAAAACACACAUUUUAUUUUAGUUGUGAUGGUGGUUUAGUCUGCAAUUACCCGGCUCUGGCACCUUUUUUUGAGACAUGCAACGCUACCGCCACUACGGCUCCUCCUCACCUCCUGUAGAGGAGAUCACUGCCGAAAACGAGGAAGAGGAGGAGGAGGUGGAGGAGGAGGAAGUGUACACUGAAGAAGAGGAGCCACUGAUAGGUUUAUCAGAGGAGAUAGAGGAGGAGAUCCAAGAGACAGGGAGCGUUAAAGAGGAGGAGAUCCCUCAGAAGGAGGUGGAGGUGCCGCCUGUUGUUCAGGAGACAGAGGGAAAGACAGUGCCAGUGGAUAGCAAGAAUGGAAAGAGGACGGAGAGAGGAGCAGGAGGAGAUGGAGCAGCAGCAGCAGGAGGAGGAGAAGGAGGAGGGGGAGAAGGUGCUAAGUACUCCAUGUUCACCUGGUUUGUCGUCCUUGCUCUGCUCGGAGUCUGGAGCUCCGUGGCUGUCGUCUACUUCGACGUUGUGGACUACGACAGUGUCAUCGCCAGAGCGAAGGAGUUUCGUUUGAACUUUUCUGAAGUUUUACAAGGCAAACUGACGGCCUACGACACCGACGGAGACGGAGACUUUGACGUGGAGGAUGCUAAAGUGCUUCUCGGGCUGAAGGUGGCAGAGAAAACACAUGUGGCACCUGAGGGGGAAACAGUUUUAAAAACCAAAGCAGCAACCAAUCGGCACGCAGCAGAGCCAGAAGAGGAGGAGUCAACCGUAACCCCAACGCAGGAGACAGUUUCAGAGAGCAGCCCCUCAGCUGUGCACAGUGAGGAUCAGGCUGCUGUACCUCUCCCUCCAAUAGUGAAAGAUGAGUUUGUGCCAGAUGAUCCUAGAGACAGCCUUCAUCCUUAUGAGGGUGAGGCUGAAACCAUCGACACAGCUGGAGUUUUAGUAGAGGAGAGUCUUCCAGAGGAAAGUCUAGCAGAGUCUGGACAACACUUGACGAGCUCCAAAUUCACUCAGGAAGCAGAUUCAGCUGUGCAAGCAGAGAUCCAGGCUGAGCCACAAGCAGAACCAGAACCACAGAAAGAAACACCAAAGAAGACAGAGACUGAGGAACCAACAGAGAAACAGGCUGAGGAGAAGCUCAAAGAAAAAGCAAAGAAGAAGAAACCUAAGUUGUUGAAUAAGUUCGAUAAAACCAUUAAAGCAGAAAUCGACGCUGCAGAAAAUCUUCGGAAGAAGGGGAAACUUGAGGAGGCGCUGAAAGCGUUUGAGGCUCUGGUGCGGAAACAUCCACAGAGCCCCCGCUCCCGCUACGGGAAAGCUCAGACGGAGGACUACCUUGCGGAGAAGCAGCGCAGUAAUGACCUGCUGCAGAAAGCCAUCAACUCGUACAGAGAGGCUGCAGAGCUGCCCGACGUGACCUCUGACCUCCUGAGGGCUGCGCUAAAGAGACGCGCCGAGAGGCAGCAGUUUCUUGGUCGGAUACAUGGCUCUCUGGCGACUUUGGAGAAAUUGGUGGAGAUCUUUCCGGAAGAUAUCGAACUGAAGAACGAACUGGGUGUCGCUCACCUUUUGUUGGGAGACAACAAGGGCGCCAGGAAGGUGUUUGAGGAGGUUCUGGCGCUGGAACCCAGUAACGGCUUCGCUAAAGUUCACUUUGGAUUCAUCCUGAAGUCAGACAAUAAGAUCCCAGAGAGUAUACCGUACCUAAAGGAGGGUUUGGAGUCGGGGGAACCGGGAACAGAUGAUGGACGUUUUUAUUUCCAUCUUGGUGACGCCCUGCAGAGGGUCGGAGACAACUCUGCCUAUCACUGGUAUGAGUUGGGUCAUAAGCGUGGUCACUUUGCGUCGGUGUGGCAGAGAUCUCUGUACAACGUGGCAGGUCUGAAAGCUCAGCCCUGGUGGACGCCUAAAGAGACUGGAUACACCGACCUGGUGAAGACGCUGGAGAGGAACUGGAGGACAAUCAGGGACGAGGCUCUGGCCGUGAUGGACCAGAACACCGGGUCAUUCGUCCCGGAGGAAGAGAACCUGAGGGAGAAAGGAGAGUGGGGACAGAACACACUUUGGCAACAAGGAAAAAAAUCAGGAAACGCCUGUCAGGGAGUCCCGAAGACCUGCGCACUGCUGGAGAGAUACUCCGAGGCUACAGGCUGCAAGAGAGGACAGAUUAAGUUCUCUGUGAUGCAGCCAGGUACUCAUGUGUGGCCUCACACCGGCCCCACUAACUGCAGACUGAGGAUGCACCUCGGCCUCGUCAUCCCCAAACAUGGCUGCAGGAUCCGCUGCACCGACAUCACCAGGGAGUGGGAGGAGGGUAAAGUCCUGAUCUUUGACGACUCCUUCGAGCACGAGGUUUGGCAGGAUGCCGACAGUUACCGGCUCAUCUUCAUCGUGGACGUGUGGCACCCCGAGCUGACAGCGUACCAGCGGCAGACCCUCAGCGCCAUUUAAACACACACACACACACCUGGUAAGAGUUUCACACACUCAUCAGAUGCUUCUCCUUCUGUGGAAGAUCUGAUUUAAAAAAAACUCUGAGGAGAAUCACGACGGAAUGGGGACGCUUUUUAAACUUUGUUUUGUGGAUAAACUACUAAAACAGUCUGACGAAGGAUCGGAGUAUCAGACUGAAGGAUGGAAAUGAAAAGUUACUACUGACUUUACAACCUUUCACAAAAAACACACAUAUUACGGUACGUCUUUUAGCCCAGAUUAACCCUGUUUGAUCGGGUUAUUUCCUGUGAUGGAUUUAAAGUGUUCUUACUGGAUCUGGAUUUUUUCGGAGGGAGGAAAUGGACGUCAUCUGCAAAGCCAUUUUUUUCACAAAUAUAGACAUGUUUAUCAGCCUGGAAACAAACACAGCUCUCUGGUGUUUCAUACAACAGAAUAUUGGAGCCAUUGUAUGUAAGCAAACAGGGAGGAGGCACAUUUUCUGUGAAAAGAAUAUACAGAAAGUCCAAGAUAUAAGUGCUACGUUUAUGAGAGGAUAACUCCUUUACAUUAAAUUAGUGAAUCACCGAAAAAAAAGCAUAAACCUGCAAGAAAGAAUUUUCACUAGAGUUGGAAGUUGAACAAAAAAAACUCUGAAAUUAAAAUCACUAAUUACGCAAAAAAACAACCGGCAAUUAACAAGAAGAAAACCUCACAAGCCCACAGGAAAUACACUUUAGAUAUUCUCUUAGAUUAAAGGAAUAACUUAACUGAGAAUAAGGACUCUUUCUCACUCCAUUUUUGCAAAGCAACCACUAUAAUUUUGGGAAAUAUUCAAGUAUUAAUAUUCAACUUUUCCUCAUUAAUUGUCAUAUCAUCUAAGAGUCAUAUUAAAUUACUUACUUAAAAGCUUAUUUCUCAGAACAUUACCCAGGCUUCAUAUUUUAGUUUCACCUACAAUGGCCGUAAUAAACGUCAACAUUUAUCGCCAACAAAAAAAGUUUACUUUAUAUUCAAGAUGUGAAUUGUAAAUAGUUUUGAAACACUAAAACGUAUAAUUAAAAUAUUCUCAUUUCACUUUAAAAUGUCUAACCCAGUUAAGAUAAGGUUUUCUUGCAUUUUAUGAAAAAAGCCUUCAUUUUUACCACAUUUUCUUUCAAUUCAUCAAGUUUUCAGUUUUACUUUUUCAUCACGUUUGCACAGAAAACACAAGAUGUUGUUAAAGAUGAUUUAUAUUUAUAUUAAAAAUAAAUGAAAAAUUCAGAAAAAAUAAAAAACCACUCAGAAAAAGUGUGUGUGUUUCUUUGGAUUUUUGUGACACGUUUGUUCCCUUCCAAAGUAAAAGCCCCAUCCCUAAAUGAAUCACAGCACAUUCCCGUUGGUGUAAAUGUUUACUUCAAUACAUUCAUUGAAAGGAAAUACAUUACAUUACAGUCGAGUGGAGAUCAGUGUAGCCCUGAUGAUGAGUCAAACUGCAAACAAUCAUGACAGACUGGCCUUUAAUAAUGUACAAAUACUCCACAUUAAACCAAGAUAUUUGGUCAAAUGAUCAACCUGCAUUAACCUUUCUUUCCUCAGCGGUACAUGAAAUGUUUUAGAGGGCAGGAUGAUAAUUAGACUUGAAAUAUCUCAGGAUACAAUUGGCCAAGUGUGUCAGUAUUUUGCAGUGUGAUAAUACUUAUAACAAUAAUGUACAAUCUUCAUAAUAUGAAUAAGUUAGAUUUCAAUAAAAACAAUCUUUCCCGACACUUCAGUCGAGAGUUAAGGUGAUGAUUUGGCAUCCUAUGGUUUCUUCACAGCACAAUACUUUAUCUGAAAGAAAUAUUUCACUCUGGUAGAAUAUUAGAUUUGAACUUUUCAUGCAUGUGAUCCCGUUAUCGUGUCUAGCGCUUUGUGGCAACAUGUGCACUGCUUUUAUUUAGAAAAACGUGCCUGUGAUUUGUGGUUUUUACAAGAAAGAAAAAAGGUGAAAUUAUUCUACCAAAGUGAGGUUUCUUAUGCGUCUUUCUCUUGGUUUUAAUGAAUUUCUUUCUCUUUCAGAAUAUCGGGACAUUAAUGUCAGAAAAAUACAAAGUAUUUGAUAAAUAUUUUAAGGAAAAACUCCAGCAAGUAGAUAAAGAAGUUAGAGCCGCCCUGUCAGUUACCUGAAACUAACUGUAGAUUUAAGAUCAGAAAGCAAAAGAUAAGAUGCUCUUUCAAACAUGUGAGGCUGAGUUUCACCAACAAGGGUUGUCUUAACUUCUUUAGUCAUUAAAAAACAUGUGUUUCUAUUGCACCACGAAUUCAAACCUAAAUAAAUGUGAAACUUUUCCAUUUGAUGAAUUUAAAUCACAUUUUCUCUUGGUUAAAAUCAAGGGUUUCUUCCUCCUAAAACAGCUUUAUUUAGGAUAGCAACUUUUAUUUGAACUACUAUAAUUAAUCCUCCUUUUAGAUGAGUAAAGUCAUAUUAGUCAGUGUGGAUCAAUGGCAUCAAAAUAUUUUGAUUAAGGGAAAAAUAGAGUGAAACUCUCCCCUACACUAUUACUGAUUAUUAACAACAAAUGCUUUCUGUCUAGAGAUCCUUGUUGGUGGAACCCACCGUAAAUGUUUCGUCA